GCAAAGUCAUGAGGCUGAGCCACACAGGUGCUACAAUGACAAUUACAAUGGGAAGCAAGGGUUGUAAGGUGGAGUGAAUCCGGAAAGAUUGCCUCAGUUCGGAUUGUUCUCUGUACCUCGGGAACAUGAAGUUGGAAUCGCUAGUAAUCGUGGAUCAGCAUGGGUUUUACAAGUUAGCUAGAUUUAACAAAUUUUAUCAAUUAUUUUUACACAUAUUUUCAUUAUUUGAUUGAGUUCUAUUGAUUGUUAUUAACUUUUAAAGUAAAAAAUUAAUGGUGGUAGAAGAAAGGGAAAGAAAAUCAUUUCUAUUAUUUUUUUAUAAUCAAAUUUUCAUAAAGUCCAAAUUUCUGAGUUUUUAAGAUUUUUAUGUACCUUCUUAUUUUUUGAGUACUAAUAAAAACAUGUUAAUGAUGGCAUGUUUAUUUUGUUACACAUCUCAUAUAGUUUUGUACCUUUUUAAAUUUAUUAACAAAUAUAUAUAUUAUGUUAUUAGUGGUUAAAUCUUAGUUUAUGCUCUGUCUGUUUAUAUAGUGUUGUAAAACAAAUUGUAUUAGAGUCAUCCAUGUAAAAUUACAGAAAAGUAGAAGUUGUCUUUGUCGACUAUGUUAAAGUUGUGAUUUGCAUUAUUUCAUAGAUUUCAAAAAUCUUAUUGGUAUAGAUGAUAUUCUCAAAGUUGAGUCUUAUGAUUAAAACAAAAAAAAUUACAUUCCAAUAACAAUAGAGUUUAGUAGGAUCUUAAUCAAUGAAAACGAACUUUUCCAAUAACAAAAGAUUUUGAAUGAAAUUAAAAAGUCUUCACUCCACUAAAAAUGGAUUCUAUUCACGUUUUAAGAAUUCAUAAACCAAUAACAAUGAAAUCUCAAAAUUUAAUAAUUCUUCUAGAAUUCUUCUACCAAUAAACCCCUAUGAGUUAAACAAAUUUGAAUGAUCUAAGCCAGGCUCCAAUUUAAUCAGAAUUCUGUAUGCAGAUAUGUUCAAGAAUAUUUCUUUAUAGUUAGGUUAAUAAGAAAAAAUCGCUUUCAACUUAAUUUCGUUUACAAGUUUUUUUUAGUAAGAGUAUAUUCAUGAUGGAGAAUGAGUUUCUAAAAAGAAAUUCGAGGUUUUUAAAUGAAAAAGUUACCAUUUUAUCCUUUUAGAUAUUAUUUUAUUUUAAAAUAUUCUAAUUAUUUUCAAAAAAAAAUCGUUCUCCAUUUGCUAUUCGUGAUAGAUUCAACAUUUUUAAUUUAAUUAUAUUUAAAUAAUAAAUUAUUGAUCAAACACUAAAAAAUAUCAGAACCUAUAUACGUGAUACUUGUAAAAUCAUAAAGUUUCUCAUAAAAGAAUUGCAUAAUAUCCAUAGAUUUGGAUGAGACGUAGUCAAUGACCAAAGUAUUUGGUAAGAAAUGUUCAAUAAGUGUGAUUGGUCAAAAGUAAAAUUUUACAACAAUUGAGUUGAAAAACUUUCAAAGAUUAAGACAACAGGUUGUUCAUUACUCCUAAUUAUUAUGGGUUAAGACGCAGCCAUGUGGUGAACAAAUAGCAAACUAUUCUUUCUCUUUUUACAAAAGAAUACUGUGUGUUAUCCACGCUUCUUUAACAUUUUAGCCCAAAAAAAAAGGGUUAAAAACGAAUACUGUUGAAUGAAAUAAGAAAUAUCCAAGAUAAAAUAUGAAAAUAUCAUUCUCGCAACAGUUUUUCAAAUCAUAAGGUAAGAUUCUUACACAUCUAAUAAGAAGCAAUUUAUAAUCAAUACAAUACUAAAAGUUGAAUAUAAUCAACAAAGAAGCUAUCCACGUAGGACUAAAUAAUCAACCAAUAGAAAGUUUGCUUUUUGCCACUUCACAUAUUUUUUUUUUUCUGUCGAGAUGAGCUUUUAAAAUUGUCUGUGGCCCAUUUGAAAUCGUUUUGCUAUCUUCUUCGAUGGUCUCCGACGAUUCCCUUCCACAGCCAUGGUUUCCACUCUCUCCAAAUCUCUGUAUUUGACCUAUUCUGAUGCCUGCAUCUCUCAAUCUGCCCUUGCGACUGAUUCUGCCUCUGCGACUCUAACUCUGUCGCUUCGCCUCCGCCGCUUCGCCUCCGCCGCUGCUUCUCCGACUACUCCGCUGUGCGUAUACUCCUGUGCCCGCGGCUCCAGAUCUCCUCCUGUUCUUCAUUAUCCUAUGCGACUUCAGAUCUCUUUCCCUUUUCCACAACUAGGUUUAGAUGGCUCUUAUACUCGAGGCUUCUACAACACUUUCAUUCAGAAUAUAUCACCUACAUGGAGUUCUAGCCACAUCUCAUCGUUUAGGAAUUGUCAUUGAUACCGACCUGGGUAAACUUCGUUCGGCUCUCCAAGAAAUUGUGAAUCCAUAUGAGAAUGCAAUCUUUGUUAUUGGCAAAACGUUGGCUCCUUCCGAUGAACACAACUUCAUCUCCUGUUUCGGCUUUUUCGACUGUGAGUUUGUUUCCCAAAACAAUUUCAUCUUCAAUUUUGACUCACUGUGUUCUUUUUUCAUCAUUAUUCAGCUACUACCCAUGGCGAGGAAGUGUUCAGUUUGCACAGUGACAAUUCUUCCAAGCCAUGGCUUUGAAGAUGUCUUACCAUGUUACAGAGGAUUCACACCUAACUUUCUUUUAUCAGAGCAACCGCCAGUUUCAUGUUCUGGUGAUUGGCGCCGAUGGGCAUGGACUGAGAUGUUUCGAUAUGGCCUAGGGGGAACUCAGACAACAAGAGAAAGCAACUAUUUCUUAACCUCAUAUGCCGAUUGUUUUAGUAAGUGUUGGAGACGGGCCAUGGGCAGACAUGAGGAAGAUGGGUGACCUUAUCCCUAAGCGUGUCGAUCUUUCAGGUAUCAUCUCAUCUCCAAUUUCAGUUCCAUUUGUAUCCUUUUUCGAUCUUGAUCUGCUCUCUGCAAAGUUUCUGAAUUUCACAGAGAUCAUGAGAGAGGGACCAUCAGAGUUAGCCAAAGAAAGGGAACUUUCUCUUACUGAUCUAAUUUGUGAUUCAGAUGAAGAAUGGAUCCGAGGAGGGUAAAGAUGUUUUCAUCAUUCACUUCCAACUAAAAAUUUAUUAACAGUUCAAUGAACACUUUCUGUUUUAUGUUGCAGGGCAGAUGAGGAUGUACGUCAUUUCUGUAUUUUUGUGUUUAACACACUAAAGAAUUUACAAGCAUAAAUUAUGUGUAAGACUUUGUAGACUUCCUACGAGAACAAAAUUAUUAACUUCUAUUGUUGUCAAGAAAUAUGAUAUUAUCAGUUAUUUAAUAAUGAUCAUUUUUGAGCCGGUGCUAACUUUCUGUGGAGUGAAAUUAAAAAAUCAGUGGACUGCCUUGGCUUGAAUGCUUAUUGAGGGGAUUAAUAUUUGUUUCUAAUGAAUCGAUAGUCUCUGGAGCACAUGAAUUUUCUAAGCAUAGUGAUGGAGUUGGGAAUGAGCUGUAGCACCCGGUGUCUCAGUAUCUGCGAGAUAUCAGCAUGCAGCGGUAUGAAAACUUCUUCUUCUUUGGUUCUCUUAUCUCCAUCAGAAUAGUUAAAUUGUUUGAUGGAUUAUUUAGUUCUUUGUAAAUGGAAAACUUCAUGUGUCCGGCGACAAGAAGCAAUAUAAAUUUGCCAGCUGAUGUUUGACAAAAGAUGGCAUCACAACAACAUAAUUACAAAUUGUUGAUACUUUAGGGUGUUACUUGAUGACCUAUUAGUGGCUGAGGAUCUUGCCUCUGUAGAGACAACCUAUGAUGCUUCUCAUGCUGUUCGCUAUGAAGACGCUUUGUCCUGAACCUUUCAGAAACUUAAGAAACACAGGCAGGUGAAAUUUUGAUAGGUGUUGCAGUACCGUGAGGAUCCUGUCAAAGCUUUCGCCAUGCGAAACCAAUGGUCAUGAAAGUGGGAGUUGAAGUCGUCUUCAAGCUGGGUCUGUUUCCGCAGACACAGCAUCAGGACAGUUUAGCGGAAUCAUUUGUGAAUCCCACACUGGCAAAGCUUUUUACGAGACUUAUUAUAACUCGUGAUGUCUUAACUCUUGAAGAGCCGGCAUGCUUUGACCACGAACAUAUGUUUUUUCAUUGGGGUGUUCACACUACGUCUUAAUGUAUACUCCAUAAGUCCCUAAAACAAUUACUUCGAACCUAAUUUUUGAUUAUACGAAACAAAAAUAAUGAUAUUUUAAAAAGCUGUUUGUUGUCGUGCUACGUUGAAUUAGUAACAGUUGCUUCUCAAACAGCUAAUCAAGACAAUCUUUUUGAUAUUUUUGAUUGUCUUUUGUCAGACUCUAAAAUCUAUGAAAUAUUUUUAAAUUAUAUAUCAAUCACAUGUUAGUGUUUUCCUAUAUAAAAAUUGUCAAAAAGAAUAGUUGGUGGAUGUUGACCAAAAAAAAAAGAAUAGUUGGUGGAUGAUUUGAUGAACGUCCACAUUUUAUUCAGGGUAAAUGAACACCAUUUCAAUAACAAAACUUUUAAUAUAAACCCAAUGUAAGCAAUCAUCUUUCAGCGACAUAUGUAUGGCCUUAAUGAUGUCUCUGCGGAACUGCAAACUAGAUUCUUCAGUGACAUGAACUUGUGGAAUGUUGAGUUUUUGAUGAUAUACAUGUAUGGUAUUAUAGAACCCUGGGUUUUAAAAAGCGUGCCUUAGGGUUGCUAAGGCUUAUUAGAAUCUAUAUCUCUCUUUCUGGGAGGAACACAGAGCUUGAUGUAAUCAUAACACGAGAACUCGAGAAGGUUUACCAUGCUUAAGUUGUUUGUUGAACUAAUUGUAUUUUAUUUUCGAUCUGAUUUCUACUAUGUUUGUUUGUUCAGUAUUUGCAAGUUGUUGGAUUGUACGAGGAUAAGGAGGAAACAUGUAGAAGGAAGGGAUUCUGGGGAGUCUUAAUCAGUUUAUACUACUUUGUAACUAUAAGAAAUUGUGCUUAUAGAUAUUUCGUUUAUGGUUAUGAUAAGGAUUGAAUGAUCACCUGCUUCAUCAGACAAUGCAGAGCAGUAGAGAUAUUUACUUCCGGCUAGGGGUAACCAUAAAAAUAUAUAGAAGAUUAACUUUGUUUUAUUCUCUUUUUUUAUUUGUGCUGAGAAGUGGGAACUCUUUCAUGUAAAAUGAUAAGGGAUGCCGUGAAUUGGUUGAAAGCUAUGUGUUUCUUUGUUA